CGACGCCUCGCGUGAAGCGAAUGAAUUAUAGCCUCGCGUGGUUACAGGCUCACUCACCAUCACGCCCAAGGAGCUGGAGCCAAUCAAACCUGCGCCGCCGCCUCCCCCAAGCCCUCCGUCGACGUCGCCUGCCGGAGCUGGAAGCUGUGGCCAAUCAAACCUGCGCCGCCGCCUCGCCUCGUCUCCCCAUGCCCUCCGUCGACCUCAUCUGCCGGCGCGGGAGGAGCACUCCGCCGGCGCCUGCUGCCGGGAUGACCCCGCCAUCGCCAUGCUGCACGCCCUCCCUCACCACGCACGCCCUGCCCCGGGACGUCGCCGUAAGUCCAGGCUCCAGUUAUGUGUUGAUGAAGGAGAGCAUGCAUGCCCAGAUAGUUGUUUUGGAGCAUUCUCCCCAGCCAACUCUGGUCGCCAUCCGAGCUCUAAGAGGAGUCCUGGAUAAAUCGGUGGAGAUAGCUCACGCAGAAGUGCGCCGGCCGCUCAAACACAUGCCCUCAGCGUCGUCAUCGUCAGGUGCAACGCUGAGACAAAGGCAGCCAUGUCGAUGCUCAUCUGCAAUGGGUGUUAGAGCCUCUUUACGUACAACCACAGUGCCACUGGAACUGUCUCAACUCCACAAGAGCAGUGAGGAGCGACGACAGGGAGGAAAUGGGCGCGACCGAGCAGGAGGUCAAGAUGGCUUCCCCAAUGUCCAUCGAGGCGGCCUCGGCGCUGCCCUUCAGGAGAUUGUCAACCUCGCCACCCAAAGUUGGAGAGGAUCAAAGGCUGAGUGGACACCCCACAGUCACGCCAUGGCUGAGUUUCCAGUUAACAGAAACUAAGCAUUUGGACCACUCCGGCCUUUUUAGUCUAUAGAGGCGACAUAGGAGCUGUGGUACAUGUGUUGAGGCCCUUCCUCGGUCGUUUGACUUGGCCAAGGUGCUGAGGACCGAGGUCCAUGCUGAUGGCCUCUUAGAGCUUCUUUGCUGCCUGCCACUAGACACCGGGAGAAAGAUGGUGGUGGCCGCAGGGAGCAUGGGAGCUAUGGUGGCAGCUGGACGCUAGGAGCUGUCCGAGGUGGUCGAUGCCAAGGAAGAGAAUGGCGGCACAUGAAAAGAAAGGACAUGAUUUUGUCGAAAAGGGCGUCCCUAUUUUCAUCACCUGCUGGUACAAUGCGUGAGGGAAUGACUUGAUCUGGCUGUCCGAUUUGUCUCCUUGUCUCAACAGCAUGCUCUGCUUCAGCUCGCAGGCGACAUAUAGGAGCUGUGGUACAUGUGUUAAGGCCCUUCCUCGGUCGUUUGACUCGGCCAAGGCGAUGAGGACCGAGUUCCAGGGUGAUGCCCUCUUGGAGCUUCUUUGCUGCCUGCCACUUGACACCAGGAGAAAGAUGGUGGCGGCAGCAGGGAGCAUGGGAGCUAUGGUUGCAGCUGGACUCUAGGAGCUGUCCGAUGUGGUCCACGCCAAGGAAGAGAAUGGCGGCACACAAAAAGAAAGGACAUGAAUUUUCCGAAAAGGGCGUCCUAUGGUCAUCGCCUUCUGGUUGCAGGUUAUGACCUCCCUUCUUACUUCUCACUUCUGGCUGGUUUGCUUUGGUUGGUACAACAAACCGGACGUGUUUGUGGAAGUGCUUAUCAGAGAUGAAAUAUUUGUUUAUGCCUAGCCUUUGUUUCCUUUCUAGGGAUGCAUUCUUAUGCUAGCUGAGAUGCAUAUGGUUUUCCUUUUAGACUAGUGCAUUCUUAUAUAGCUUUGUGAUGUUCAAUUUUGAUGCUGCCAUUUUAAAAUUGAUUGUGGGAUUUCUAAGCAGUUGGGUAUGUACCUGGAGACAUUCAUUUGGUUGUGAAUAUCACUGUAUAGUUAGAUCAGGCCUAAUAAGUAAACCAAUAAGAAGAGAAUGUAGUUUGUGAUUAAAGGUUUCUUAAUAGUCUCUGCAAUCAAUCGUUUAUCUCCUGAUGUAGGAGUACUAGUAGCAGUAGUACCUAACAGUGCAUCUUGUUUUGUUUUAUGUAUUACUAUUCGUAGACCACACCAGGGAGGCCAUCGGUUGCUUCUCUGGAUCUUUCUAUGAAGAAUGGUCAUCAUCAUGUUUUUCUAUUUGGUUGAGUUUAGAUAUGUGGCAUAUGUCAUUUUCUUCUGAUAAAUAUGCCCACAAAUUAGCCCAUGAUGUCCAGCUUUAUUGAAGAAUUGCAGUUUUUAAUAUUUGGGUUACAAAUUUUAAUUGAGAUCCAAAUUUAGAAUAACCGUAGUUACCAUUAAUGAGUAUCACUUCUGAUGGGGUCUUGCUACUCGUGCCCACCGGCGUUGAUGUCGGCAACCUGCUCUGCCUGACCCCCUUCUCCAGAUGCUCAAGGUAUUCCCUAUUCCACUGAAAAAUCGGUUCUUUCUUGUCGCAUGUUGGGCAGAUGUUACAGGUUGCAGUGUUGUAGCUCAGUUCUGGGAGGAAGAUGAUGGUCUGUUUGUAACAUUGAAACACCACCAUGAUUUUUUUUUGUGUCUUCUAGUAGUUGUCAUCAUAUGAAUUCCUUGACAUGAUGUUUGCUAAGAAUAUGACGAGCAAUAUCUGUCUCCUGUGGGAUCGUGUUAUUUGAGCAACUCAUAUUUCUGUGUUGGUACAGUCCAAAAAUGAUACAUGAAAACAGAGCUAGGCAGGUUUGUUUGUAGCAUCUUGGCAUCAAUCAUACCUAUUACUUUUUGUCAGUUCUGUAGAUUAGAUCAGGACAAGUUCAUUGUUCUCCAACGUUAUCCAGUUCUUGAUCAAGCUUCUGAAACCCAUCACAUAUAUUAACACCUGAGCUGAUAGCUAUGAUAUUUUUUGUGUAAUAUAUAACUUCCUCAAAGCUGGUACCUGCACUGCUUGUUUUAACGCUUCAUAUGACUUCCUUUAUUUUCACCUCGGAUGUUCUAAAUUACAACUAUAUUUCUACUCAUUUGCAUGAUAAUUGGCUGAUAUGGAUUGCAAGUGAUAUUCUUCUCGUCUUUUUUUCUUUUGCUACUAUCCUGCUAUUUUCAGUUUACCAUCUUUGCUUAUGCUUAUCCAGUUGCCUCAUGUGAAGGUGAAUCUUUUAUUUGGUAGUGUUGUCGUGCAGGUGACAAGGUGAGCUUGUUCAACUGGUGGCAGUCAGAGGCGACGGAGCAGCGCGUAUGUUGUUGUUCUCCCCAUGAAGAUAUGAUGUGGAUCUGGACACUUGAACCGGCCAGCGGGACAUGCUUUUAUUUGUGAUGUUGCAGUGGAUUAAGUUCUAGUUAGCUAUGCUGGCCUGGAGCAUCUUCAACAGUCUGGAGUAUUUUACCAUUGUGGUGUAUAAUGUUUUUGCUGAAAGGUUUGUAACAAAUAGGUUUUGUUGUGUGAUGUUUGCCUUGUCGAGACAUGCGAUGGCUUAUUAUUGAUGUCCUUAAUACAAACAGUUUGGCAUUAGCUAGCU